AUGGCGAUCCGGGUGCUAGGCCUGCUUAUGGCCUGCGCUGGGGCUCUCGGGCAGAUCACGGUCGACGACCCGAGAACAACGGAGACAGGCACAGCUUCCGUCACGGAGGUUGAAACUCCAACAGGGACGUACCUGUCAUUUGCUUCGCAAGAGACUCAGGAUUUGGGUACAAUGUCAGAUGUUGCCUCCUCGCUCGUUAGCGGUAACUUUUCACAAUCAAGGGUUUCGACAUCGUCGGAUACCAGAACCUACCUUACCGGAUCGCUUACAUCAACGGCCACUGGCAACUUUUCCACAACCACAAUGGCGACCCCAACUGUCACAAACACAAGACCGUGCAACAACUAUCCGGAGUUUUGCAACCGCAAGUACAGCAACAUCACUGAGGUGGCUUGCCACAACUCUCCCUUCAUCACCCCGAAUAACCUGGCGGCAAACCAGCAGUACGACGUUACUUAUCAGCUCAAUGAUGGCGUCCGUUUCAUCCAAGCCCAGAUCCAGUGGCCGACUAAUGCUUCACAACCACACUUCUGCCAUACCAGCUGCGAUAUCCUGGAUGCUGGCCCUAUUACGGACUGGCUGACAACUGUGAAGAACUGGGUAGCCAGCCACCCGUACGAUGUUGUGACGAUCCUUCUAGGCAACGGGAACUACUCUGUCCCAUCGCUUUAUGUGCCAUACAUCGAGUCCACUGGCAUUUUGGACUAUGUCUACACGCCCCCCUUGGUGCCAAUGACGUUGAAUGACUGGCCAACCCUAGCCGAGAUGAUUCUCAGCGGCAAACGAGUGGUCAUGUUCUUGGAUUACAUGGCCAACCAGACCGAGUACCCUUGGCUUCUGGAUGAGUUCUCACAAAUGUGGGAAACUCCAUUCGACCCUAUUGACAACAACUUCCCCUGUACAGUCCAGCGGCCUCCGGACUUGUCCGAUGACGACGCCAAAAACCGCCUGUACCUUACCAAUCACAACUUGAAUGUCGAGUUGUCUCUGCUCGGAACGUCCAUGCUGGUGCCCGCUCGCGGAGAGCUUAAUGUGACCAACGCGGUCAACGGAACAGGCAGUUUGGGUCUAGCAGGCGAGAACUGCUUGAAGACGUGGGGCAGAGCACCGAAUUUUCUGAAUGUCGACUACUAUAGUGUUGGCAGUUAUCCCGGAUCGGUCUUCGAAGCUGCAGCGAACUUGAACAACGUCACAUACAGCAGGAGCUGUUGCGGAACGACAAGCGCAGCGGCAAAGUACGACUUUAGCGGCCUCCGUUCGUUUGCAUUCGGAUUGGCCGGAUUGGCAGCAUUGCUUCUAUUCUAG